UGGCAGGAGCAGCCUGGUGCAUGCGUGCGUGUGUGAUUGUUGGUUCUGUCUAUCGAUCCAGCCCUCUGCGUGUGUUUUCUGAUAUAUAUCUUGCUGGCGUUUUAUUUUAUUUUAAUGAAUUUUUUAUUUUAUUUUGUAAAUCCUUGCCUGACUUUGAUUGCAGCUUGGACUUAAGUGCCGCUGAGCUGCUGCUUGGAGGAGAAAGAGCGAGCGAGGAAGCUCUGUCUCCUUUCCCUCCGCUCUGCCUUCGGAUUGGUCUCUCUCCCAAAGUGCUGUCCAAGGGUUGGCUGCAGGGCUGCUGAAUAACAGGUGCAUUUUGCUGCUCCGUCGCCUCUCAAAGAAGCAGCCGAGGAAUGCUGGUGCAUCUGAUCUGUAGAUAAGAAGGAGCAAAGCGGGGAAGAAGGGGAUCCUAACCCGACCCAGAAAGAGGAGAGCUGCCACUGUGUAGGAAUGUGGCUCAUCGUUGCUGGAUUCGGAUGCUUGGCAUAAAAAAAACUGGACGCUGAUUCUUGUGACUUACUGAAAACAAAGGGGGAUCUGAAGAAGAAGAAGAAGAAAGGAAGUGGGGAAUAAAAGCGAGCAGGAUGCUCCGACUGCUGCUGCUCAAGGCUGGAGCGAGCCUGGUGAUUUAGCUGAUGCAGCAGCUGCCGGAGGAGGUUGCAUUAGGAGCCGUGGUGGGUUUCUGGGGCUGGAGACAUGUCCCCUGACUGACUGACUGACUGACUGACAGACCGAUCGCUUUCCCUUCCCUCUUUCUCUCACCUGCCCGUCCGAAUGCUGCUUUCCCCAGCAGCAGCUUCUCCCUGAUGUCUUGUCUUUCCCUCCGGGGGUGUGAAAGGCACCUAGGAUGAGUGAAGGGGCUGCCUGCGCCUCCCCACCUGGUGCUGCUGCUGCUGAGGAGGGGGCGGCGGCGGCUGGGGGCCCGGACGGGGAUGGGGCUCCCGACCCCCCCAGGGAGCUGCGAUGUAGUGACUGCAUCGUCUGGAACCGGCAGCAGACGUGGCUGUGUGUGGUGCCUCUUUUCAUCGGCUUCAUCGGCUUGGGGCUUAGCCUCAUGCUGCUCAAGUGGAUCGUGGUGGGCUCCGUCAAGGAUUAUGUCCCCACCGAGCUGAUGGAUUCCAAAGGGAUUGGGCAGGACCCCUUCUUCCUCUCCAAGCCAACCACCCCGCCGAAGAGCAUGGAGACCACCACCACCACCACGUCAAGGACACCCAACCGGAUAAGCACCCGCUUAACCACCAUGACUCGGGCACCCACCCGCUUCCCGGGGACCCGGGUCCCCAUCCGGGCGAGCCCCAGAUCUACCACUGUGCGUCAUACAGCUGCCCCCCCUACCAGUCUCUCCACUACGGUCCCCUUCAGCACCACCAUCCUGACCUCCCGUCCGCUACCCGGGACCCCCAGUACCCAGCCAAUGCCCAUCUGGCCCACUGCGGCAUACGCUACCUCCUCGUAUAAGAUCUAUGUCCACGACUCUGCUCCAUCCUGGACCUUAUCUCCCUUCCAGGAGUCCACCACCACCACACCAGAAACUAGCACUAGCCCCAAAUUCCAUACCACAACGUAUUCCACUGAGCGAUCUGAGCACUUUAAGCCAUGCAAAGACAAGGAUCUUGCAUACUGUCUCAAUGAUGGGGAAUGCUUUGUGAUUGAAACCUUAACUGGAUCACACAAACACUGCCGGUGCAAAGAGGGCUACCAAGGAGUCCGCUGUGACCAAUUUUUGCCGAAAACCGACUCAAUCUUGUCAGAUCCAACAGAUCACUUAGGAAUUGAAUUCAUGGAGAGCGAAGAGGUGUACCAACGCCAGGUCCUGUCUAUUUCCUGUAUCGUCUUUGGCAUAGUCAUAGUGGGCAUGCUCUGUGCUGCGUUCUACUUCAAAACAAAGAAACAAACUAAACAAAUUCAGGAACAGCUGAAAGAGACAGAGAAUGGGAAAACCUACAGCCUUAAUGCUUCCAGCAUGAUGGCAAAAUCAGAAACCAUGGCACAAAGCCGAGUCCAGCUGCAAAAUUAUUCAAAGACAGACAGGCAUCCUGGGCCUGUGAUGGGCAAAGUUAUGGAGUCUAGUUUUUCAGGCACUCAAUCUUUCCCCGAAGCCUUGUCUCCUGACAGAGGAAGCCAGCCUAUUAAGCAACAUAGAAGUCUCUCUUCAUGUUGCAGUCCAGGACAAAGAAGUGGAAUGCUACACAAGAAUGCCUUUCGGAAGACUCCACCCUUACCUCGGGGUAGGUUCAAUGGAAUUACAGGACCAGCAUAUCAACAGCUUGAAGAGUCAAGGAUCACAGAUCAGGACACAAUACCUUGUCAAGGGUAUUCAUCCACUGGUUUAAAAACUCCUCAGAAUACUUCAAUAAAUAUGCAACUGCCUUCACAAGAGACCACCCCUUAUUUUAAUAAUGUGGAUCAGAAGGACUUGGUUGGAUAUUCCGCAUCAAGGGCCAACUCAGUUCCCAUCAUCCCAUCUGUGGGCUUGGAUGAAGCCUGCAUGCAAAUGCAAAAUGUUUCUGAACUAACAGGAAUCAAAUGGUGCAAAAACUCCUAUUCAGCUGAACUUGUCAAUGUCAGUGUCCCAGUCAGCAAUUGUCUUAUAGCAGAACAACAGGAAGUGAAAAUAUUGCUAGAAACUGUCCAAGAGCAGAUUCGAAUUCUGACUGAUGCAAGGAGGUCAGAGGACUAUGAACUGGCAAGCACAGAAUCAGAAAACAGUGCAAGUGAAAACACAGCUUUUCUGCCCAUGAGUCCCAUGGCAAAAUCGGAACGAGAAGCAAAAUUUAUCUUAAAAAGCGAAACACACAGAGACUCGGCAUUGACCAAGUGACUUUGAGGAGAGUGGGGAUGGGGAAAUAAAGGAUCUGUGCACUCAAAGCUUUGCUAAACAGGAAAGGAAGGAAAUUAAAUACAAAUUAUUUAUAUGCAUUAAUUUAAAAGCAUCUACUUAGAAGAAGCCAAAUAGUCAAUCGCCCUCAUAUCAUAGUGUUUUUUAACAAAAUAUUUUUUUAAGGGAAAGAAAAGUUCCAGGAGGGAUAAAGCAUACAUCUAAAACUUGUUUGGUUUGGGGUUUUUUUUUUUUGAAAGGCGGUUUGCUUUUCUUUUUCAGAGUUACACAUUCAGUUGCAGUUACAGUAUGUUUUAAAACUGUCCUGUUUGGCUGUUAGAAGGCUUGGGACAUGCAUAUUUUUCAAAAAAAGCCAAAUUCAUUCUUCAACUCUUUGGUUUCAAAGUAGAGCUGUGUUGAACUGUCCACCAGGGAUUCAUUCUCUGGUGAGCAAGUUCUUCUUGAGUAGCCUCAAAUAAUACAGGCGCAUAAUUAGCCCUCCAUUCUACCAGUAGCUUGGUCCCAGAUUCAUAGUUUUAAAACAAACCAACACACACACAAAGUCAAUCUUUCCUAUCUAAAUUCUAAAGUAUGGUUCCAAGCCACGUAAAAUCUGAAGCAACUGUAAAGCCCUGAUUCAGCCAGAUGCUUACGCGUGUGGCUUCCUUUAAGUACACGAGUAGUCUUAGUGAAGUCAAUGGGACAACUCAUGACCUUUAAGUUAGCAUGUGCUUAAGUAUCUUGUUAAAUCAGAGCAUCAGAGCAGGAGAUGCAAUGAUUGGGUGUUGCUCACAACCACUGUGCAGCCCCAUCUCAUUUUGAACUGUGCUUUUUAAGUUUGGAUUUUCAGUAAGAAAGGAAAAGAAGAAGAAAAAGGUAGUGUGUGUGUGUGUG